AUGCAUUUCUAUCGACUAUGUGUUCUGUCUCUAUGCUUCUGGUGGCAAGCAAAUGCAGACUCAACAUGGCAAGAUGCAAUCCUCCGGACACGUCAAAGCACCAAGAGUGUAACGGUUGACCUUACCAAGCGCUACCAGACUAUGGAUGGGUUUGGCAUAUCAGAAGCAUUUCAGAGGGCCAAUGUUAUCGUCAAUCUACCCGCUAAGCAACAGCGCGAAAUCCUCGAUCUGCUCUUCAAUACCACGUCCGGGGCUGGUCUAACCAUACUCCGAAAUGGAAUUGGUUCUAGUCCAGAUUCAAGCAGUGACCAUAUGAAUUCCAUCGCUCCUAAAAGUCCAGGAAGUCCCACUGCUGCUAUGAGUUACGUAUGGGAUAAGAAAGAUAGCGGUCAACUAUUCGUUUCGAAAGAGGCAUGGAAGUAUGGUGUCCGCACUUUUUAUGCUAAUGCCUGGAGCGCUCCUGGAUAUAUGAAAACCAACGGAAACGAGAAUAAUGGCGGAUAUCUGUGUGGAGUAUCUGGUAAAACGUGUAGUAGUGGAGAUUGGAAACAAACAUAUGCGAAUUACUUAGUCAAGUACCUGCAGUUUUAUCAGCAAGAGGGUAUCGAGGUUACACAUGUUGGGUUUUUGAAUGAGCCUGAAUUUAGUCCCAGUUACGCAGGCAUGCUUUCCUCCGGCACCCAGGCCGCCGACUUCAUCAAAGUCCUGGCUCUAACUCUCAAAGCCGCAGACCUGAGCACCACCAUAGCAUGCUGCGACUCCGAGGGCUGGGGAAAUCAAGGAUCAAUGACCUCCCAAAUCAAAUCGAGCGGCGCCGAAAACUUGCUAUCAACUAUAACGUCACAUUCCUACACUUCCUCCCCUGGAAGUCCCCUCAGCACCACGCGGAAAGUCUGGCAGACUGAGAAUGCUGAUCUACAGGGAGCAUGGCAAUCCGCGUUUUAUAGCAAUGGCGGUGCUGGAGAGGGAAUGCGUUGGGCGGGAUUAAUCCACAAUGCCGUUGUGAAUGCGAAUUGUUCGGCUUAUCUAUAUUGGAUUGGUGUUCAGACUGGGAAUACAAAUUCAAAACUUAUUUCUGUAUCAGGAACUAGUUAUUCGGUUUCAAAGCGCCUUUGGGCAUUUGGGCAUUUUGCUAGAGGAGCGAGACCUGGGGCUGUUAGAGUUGGGAUUUCGGGGCAACCGAGUGGGGUUCAGGCAAGUGCGUACUUGAACAGAGAUGGGAAUCUAGCGAUUGUAUUUAUUAAUACUGGGUCGGCGGCUGCUGCAGUGGCUGUGGAUGUGAAGGGGGGGUGGAAGGGAACGAAAGUUACGAGGGCUUGGGUUACGGAUAAUAGUAAGAGUAUGGCUGACCUUGCUGUAGUGUUGAGUAACGGGGCUGCAAGUGUGAGCGUGCCUGGAAGAAGUAUGGUGAGCUUAUCUGUUACUGAGUAA